GUCUAAGCCGUGUUACACAGUCGCACGUUGGGCUUCCUAUCUGGAGAGCGGCAUGGCAGCACAGGCUAGUGACUCCGGGACUCCUGCUGGGUGGCUUCCCGCCUCCGAUCUGGGGAACCUACAUAACACCACUCCGCGGCCUGACAGUUGGACACUAUGGGCCAUGCUACCACCACCGCCACCUCCUUCGUCGUCUCCCCCAGCGGCCGGGUCAGAGCCUUUCACUGUCGCGCAGUCUCCCGUGGAGGUGCAGUCUCUGUCCGGGGCGCCGCCUCCUUUCGACGCCCAGAUUCUUCCUGGGACGCAGCCCCCCUUCGACACCCAAUCCUCCCUUGAUUCUCAGCCUCAGCCCAGCGGUUUUCCUUGUAAUUUCCAGGCCUCGACGUCAUGGUACUGGGGACAGCAGCCUGAUAGUUUCCUUCGAUAUCAGAAGCCCCACAACCCUCGAGGUAAACAUUCUUAUUUUCCACGAAAAUAUGAUCCAAACUUUCCUGACUUUAACUUCCCUCCCAGCAAAAAGCAGAAAAAGAAGAAAAAAAAAGAACCCAUUUUUCACUUCUUUUGUGAUACCUGUGAUCGUGGUUUUAAAAAUCAAGAAAAGUAUGGCCAACACAUGUCUGAACAUAUAAAAUGUCCUGAAGUAGAUUGUUCUUUUAGUGCACAUGAGAAGAUUGUCCAGUUCCACUGGAGAAAUAUGCAUGCUCUUGGUAUGAAGAAGAUCAAGUUGGAUACCCCAGAGGAGAUCGCAAGAUGGAGGGAAGAAAGAAGAAAAAACUACCCAACUCUGGCUAAUAUUGAAAGGAAGAAAAAGUUAAAACUUGAGAAGGAAAAGAGAGGAGAAGUAUUGACAACGACGCAGUAUGGCAAGAUGAAGGGAAUGUCCAGACAUUCACACAUGGCAAAGAUCAGAAAUCCUAGCAAACUUCACAAGUGGAAAAAUGAUGGUGUUAAACAGAGACCAGUCAGUGAAUCAGGCAGUCACUUCUGUGCUUCCAAGACUGAAGGUCCACCUGUGGGAAAUGCAGAUCCUCUUGGUGUUUUGAUAAACAGUGAUUCUGAGUCUGAUAAGGAAGAGAAAUCGCAACAGUCCGUCAUACCUAAGGAAGUGACCCCUGCCUUGUGUUCACUAAUGAGCAGCUAUGGCAGUCUUUCGGGAUCAGAGAGUGAGCCAGAAGAAACUCCCAUCAAGACUGAAGCAGACAUUCUGGCAGAAAACCAGGUUGUUCUGGCAGAAAACCAGAUAAAUAGCACUGCUCCUAAGAGUCCAAGACAAGAUGUUAAAGCAGCUGUUAGAAAUUUCUCAAGAGCGAAGUGUGAAAACCAACAAAAAGGUUUUAAAAAGACAAACCCUAAGAGGAAAAAAGAUUUUCACAGCUAUCAAACAUUAUUUGAGCCACGAACACAUCAUCCUUAUCUUCUGGAAAUGCUCCUAGCUCCGGACAUUCGACAUGAAAGAAAUGUGAUUUUGCAAUGUGUUAGGUACAUCAUCAGAAAAGACUUUUUUGGACUGGACACAAAUUCUUCGAAAACAAAGGAUGUAUAAUUGCCAUCAAUUUCAGCACAUAAGUGAAACAUUGCAAGACAGUACGUACUUAGUGGAGGAAAGCCAGAAACUGUUUGUUUUUUUUUUUUUUUUCCCAAAAUUGGAGUAAUAAUUAAAUUGUAAGCCUCAUAAAAUAAUUAUGUUGGAUUUUCAAGUCUUUUCUUUGAUUCUGUGCAAAUAAAUACAUGGCUUUUUAUAAAAAGACUAUGUCUGUGUCACUGGGAUUGUAUAUAGUAUUUGGUGGGAGAGUUUUUGUAUUCAUUUUUGCACAUUGCUCUCAGGUAAGGAAGAUUGUUGUACCAGUUGAGAAUUGAAAAUACUGGCUUAGUAAUAAAGAAAACAGUUUUUAAAGCUAAACAAAAUGCAGAGAAAUACAGUUUUUUUCAACACAGAGGAGGAAGAUCUACUCCUUUUUUAAGUGAACUGGAUCAAAUUAACAUGCCCAGAAUUAUUGAAAUUUAAAGUUUUCUUCUUUAUACUAGCCCUACUUACAUAGUUCAGUCAUUGAAUGUUUGAAAUAUUAAUAUAGAUAUGUCCUCUCUGUAUGUUUAGAUUUAAUUGGGGUGCUUUUUGAAAAUACAGUUCAGAAUCGUAUCUUUGUUUUUCUGUGGAAAGCUAAAGUAGUAUACUUAAUGAGAUUCAACUCAUUUCUUAUAGCAAAAAGUAGUUUGUGAAAUAAUGUGGGUAAUUAUCUGUUUUUAAGGUUUAGUUAAAAUUUGUCUUAUGAGGUAAUUGAACCCUGUAAUUUUUUUUAAAUAAAUGAAAGCUGCUGAGGGUUUUUUGUCUCCUCUAAUACUAGGCAAGUUGAUCUUGUGUUGUAGUAUUUUACUACCUAUAGCUAUAGCUCUGCCUUUUUGACAUAUAGCUAAAAGGGGCUAGGUUUUUUAAAACCAGACUGUUGUUUUAGUUGAAGAAUUAGUUUUAUAUGACAUUGUGAUUACUGAAGUUCAUUAAUCUUGCCAGCAAGAAAAGGUAGGAGAGCUGACCUUAGAUCUUUCUUUACAUUGGUAUGGUUUUUCUCUAGAAUCCUGGAAUGCCUGGCAUGUAGCAAUAGUAAUGUCACAGACCUGGGAUUAAGAUAUGUGUUUAGUCAUUGUUUGCCAACCUUGUAACCAUCUUUAAUAACAUUUUUACUCUGUUUCAGUCUGCUCCAGUGAGCCCCAAAUUUUGGAAAUCAUCUGCUCGGUACAUGAAUUAAAAUAGUUUAUAUAAUACUGCUGAGAGCUUACUUCUGUGCCUCUAUUGUACCUGUAUUAAAGGUGUAAAAAUAUAAGGCCUUCCCUGAUUUUGAGGAACUCAGUUCAGUUUUUAUAUAUAUGCAGUGAAGUGAUGCCCAAACCAAUACAUCUCAUCAGGAUGAAGUAACUCAUGCUGCUGUGAGUCUAAUAUGGUGCAAUGCGUAGUUUUAUCACAAGUUAUGCACAUCCCACAGGCUUAACGUUUACAAACACAUCCACAGAUUCCUGGACUACUUUCACGGCCCAUCACAUCAGGAAUGGGCUUUAAGGUGCUUUAUUGUGUAUUAUAUAAACAACUUAUUCCCAAUAUUUCUUGUUUUCUAAUAAAUGUAUUCAAAACUGAAAA